AUGCCAUACCAAGUCGGUAGUUCCUCGAAAGAUCCACGUGGUGCUUUGAGUGAUGAACCAUCAUCAUUGAGCCGUUUUCUUUCUCGAGAGUCGUCCUUCAUGUCUAAUCGUACCGAGUGCACAGACGACACUGUUGAUGCUUCGGAUGAUUUUGAUGAUGAUGGUUCGGUUUUAUCAGCCGUGUGUCAAGAGGAGUCCGCUCUGCGUCAGGAACCAGCACGUGAUGAUAUCGAAGAUAAUGGCAAUGACAGUAGUGCUUGGGUGUUCGUACACAAGUAUGGCAAGCGAGCAUUGAAAGAAGAUGGUUCUCCUGCAAUACAAUGUUUGGUUGGUAACUGUGGAAAGCUUAUCGCCAGCAAGUACUCGUCUACCUCUGGGUUUAUCAAGCAUCUCGGCAAACAUCAAAUCAACAAGAGCAAUGGUCCUCAUGUCAAUAGUGGUGACAAGCGUGGCCCAAUGGAUGUCUUCGUUCAUGGGAAACGUGCUCGUACAUUCAACGCUGAAGAAUUCCAACGACUGGUUGUCAAGUUCUUGGUGACAAGCAAGUUGCCAUUCACGACCUGUGAGAAUGCUGCGUUACAAGAGCUGCUUGAAUUGGCACGAAUUGCACCUACCGCAUCAGGCGUUCAACUUCCUUCGGCACGCACCUGCACGAGAAAAACUAAGGCGGAAUAUGAAAUGGCUCGCAAUCGAUUGAAGGAGAUGUUGAGGAAGGUACCAGCUGUGUCAUGUACCUUGGAUGGCUGGACAAGUCCUUUCAACCAAGCAUUCCUUGCUGUGACAGCACACUGGAUCGAUCAGCAUACAUGGACCAUGAAGGAGGUGAUCAUCGGCUUUGAGCCCAUCAAUGGCCCACACACUGGUGAAAAUCUGGCUGCUGUAUUCAUCGACGUCCUUGAGGAGUUUGACCUUGGCAGAAGGCUCUUCACCGUUGUUGUAUCAAGCAAGGAAUAA